AUGACCAGGUUCACAGAUGCCAUCAUGGAAAUACCUGACCUGAACCCUGUCGUCCACCUACAUGCCCUCAAAGCCGGACUCAGGCCCAGAAAGUUCAGAGAAAUAAUCGCAGCUACCAAGCCAAAAACACUGGACGAAUUCCGGGAAAGAGCAGCAGGACAAAUGGAGAUCGAAGAACUCCAAGAGGCCGACAAAACCGAAAGGAGACCACGAAAAGAGAACAACAGACCCUCCAGAUCGGCGAACACUAGAGACCUCGUCAAGCCAUUCAAGCUCGUCCCAAAAUUUGAUAACUACACCAGAUUCAAUACGAAGAGAGAAAAGAUAAUCAAAAAAAUACUCAAUGCCAAGAUUAUAAAACCACCAACCAGAGCGGGGAGCUACCAAGAUCAGCGAUUCGUCGACAAAAGCAAGCACUGUGCCUUCCACCAGAAAUACGGGCACACAACUGAUGAGUGUGUAAUAGCUAAGGAUCUGCUGGAAAGAUUAGCUCGCCAAGGCCUCCUAGAUAAAUACAUCGAAGGGAGAAAGCAUAAAAACAACAACAGAGACCGAGACGAGCGCCGACAGACCUCGGAAAGUAAAGAAGAUAACAAAUGGCCACACAACACACCACCAAAAGCCAUCAUAAAUUGCAUAUCCGGAGGAUUUGCCGGAGGAGGAGAAACAACCUCAGCACGAAAGCGAAGCUACCGAGCAAUGCUGGCAAUCGAAGGAACCAUGCCGCUAAACAACAAAGACGAUCCCGACCUCCAAAUCACCUUCAGCCAGGCGGACAUCAGCUCGGCAGCACCGAACUUAGACGACCUAGUGGUAAUAUCUAUCCAAACAGUUGACUGCCCCAGUCCUUACAAUGUUAUCCUCGAAAGACCCACUCUGAACAUGUUCAGGGCAGUAGUAUCCACUUACCAUCUAUGUGUUAAGUUUCAGGCACAGGACGGACAUAUAGUGACACUCCACUCAGACCGAUAA